AUGGGAGUGGAGAAAAUGAAGUCUUUGGCUCGACAGAUGUGUUGGUGGCCGGAGUUGGACGCGGACAUCUACGCAACAGCCAAAAACUGUGAGUCAUGUCUACACAAGCUACGAACAAGACCGAAAAACUGGACACCAUGGCCGGAAAGUUACAUACCGUGGCAGAGGGUUCACUUGGAUUUCUGUGGUCCGUUUCUGAACCGGUAUUACGCCCUUGUUCUGAUCGAUUCAUACUCUAAAUGGCCAGAAGUAUUCUUCACAACGACGCCCACCACAUCAUUUGUGAUACAAGUACUGCGAAAGUGCUUUAGCCGCGAAGGAAUUCCACAAGUGCUUGUGACGGACAAUGGAUCCCAGUUCUGUGCAACCGAAAUGAAGCUCUGGAUGGACAGCAUUGGUUGUCGGCAUCUUCGAACUGCACCACGUCACCCCUGCUCGAACGGAGCGGCAGAGAAUCUAGUCAAAACGGUGAAGAGUGCGAUUGCGUCUGCCAAUCCUAAAACGCUACCCGAACUGGAAACGUUGGUGGAUAACUUCCUACUCCAAUACCGAAACGCAACACAUACAACCACCAAGGAGAGCCCGGCAAUGCUCUUUAAAUCCAGACGCUUGCGAUCCUCCCUACAAUGCCUCGAUUCAAGUGAUGUCAUAUACUUCCGCGGUAAUGAUUUGCGACCCGCGUCUGGUAUAGUCACACGACAACUAGGCCAAGCCAUGGUGGAAAUUACCGACUUGAAUGAUGCUACUGUGCACAAGCAGGUUCUCGUAUUCUGA